CUGUAAAACAUAUUGUAAGUUGCCCAAGUCAACCUUGGCUUGGCGCUUCAAUCAAUUCUGUCAUGGUUAAAUCCCAUAGAAGAAAGAAGAAGCGAAGAUGAAGAUCAAAAUCAAACUACCGAAAAUGUUAAUCCCACCCAAAAAAAUUCUCUGCCUUCUUACUCUUUUUUCUCUUCUGUUCCCCAAUUCGCAUUCCCAAUCCCAACCUCUUCCUCACUCCACUAUAUGCAUCGUCGGCAGCGGCAUUGCUGGCUCCUCCGUCGCCCACUUUCUGCGCCGCUACUCUACUCAAUCCGCCGCCGAUAUUCGGAUAUUCGAGCGAAAUGGUAUCAUUGGAGGCCGGAUGGCUACUGUCACCAUCUCCGGUGAGACUUUCGAGGCCGGUGCAUCCAUUUUACACCCUAAGAAUUACCACGCCUCCAAUUUUACGAAAUUGCUGAAUCUGAAGAGGAAGACGCCUUCUAAUGACGAGAGCUCCUUGUCGCUUGGUAUUUGGGACGGCGAGAAGUUCCUUUUGAAAACCUUUAGUGUUGAUUCUAAGAUUCCGUUUGUCCAAAAGGCGGUUUCCUUUGCUAAUUCCCUCUAUAUGUUGUUACGUUACGGCUUCUCACUUUUUAAAAUGAACAGCUUUGUGGAGGAUACUGUAAACAAGUUCUUGAAGUACUACGAAGGAUUUGAAACCAGGCCCACUUUUGAGACUGUAGAGGAGAUGCUUAAGUGGGCUGGUUUGUGCAAUCUUACAACUCAUAAUUUGCAAGAGGAAUUGAUGAAUGUUGGAGUAUCUCCUUUGUUGAUACAGGAACUUGUCACUGUCAUUACAAGAAUUAAUUAUGGUCAAAGUGUAUUUAUUAGUGGACUUGCUGGAGCAGUUUCCUUGGCGGGGUCUGGUGGAGGAUUAUGGGCCAUUGAAGGAGGGAACUGGCAGAUGGCAGGUGGGCUAAUUAAUGGUUCAGAUGUUGAAUUGCACCUCCACGAAGAAAUAAAUUCAAUCUCUUACCUUGGAGGAUAUUAUGAGCUCAAUUCCACAAAAGGAAGCAGUUAUAUGUGCAAAGUUGCAGUCAUUGCUACACCACUUGAUGAGUUAAAUAUUCAAUUUACACCUCCAAUUUCAAUUCCUGAGCGGCAAUUACAGCACACACAUGCAACUUUUGUGAGAGGCCUCCUAAGUCCUGCAUAUUUUGGCCUGAAAGCUGUUUCUGAAAUUCCACAACUGGUAGGGACGAUAGAGGAUCCAGACAUUCCAUUUUCAAGCAUUUCAAUCCUCAAGAAACACAAUGAGACAGAUAUGACUCACAAAAUAUUCUCUCGUGCAGCCUUGCCCGAUUCUUUACUUGAUGCCCUUUUCAGUGUGAGGAAGGAGACUAUAAGAAUAAACUGGGGUGCUUAUCCUCAUUAUAAAGCUCCUGAAGUAUUUGCCCCCUUUAUUUUGGAUGGCCAGCAUUUGUACUAUGUGAAUGCCUUUGAGAAUGCAGCUAGCACCAUGGAAACAAGUGCUGUCGCGGCUGAGAAUGUAGCUCGACUCAUCCUGUCCAGAAUUUUUGGUGAGGUAUCCUUGAGUUCACCAAAUUUCAUCAGCUCUGUGUCUGAUGAGAAGAUAUUGCAUUCGGAUUUGUGAUUCAAACAUAAAGGGUGAAGUAUUGUUGUUGUAACAUAGGUGAUUGUGAAAAGCUUUUCUUAGUACACCCUUGCCUCUGUUCAAUCUAGACGGUUAAUUGUACAACCGUGAAAGGCCAUUUGGUACCAGAAGGCUUUUUGAGGUUGUAUCAAUGGUGUUCUUCUGGGUACAAACAGAUAUGUAUCAGGUUGUAUCAAUGGCCAGCCUUCUUAAGGGUAGGACCUGGGUUGUAACUGAAAAAAUUUUGUUGAAAGGAACUGAAAGAUUGCCAAUAAAUGCGAGUAAAAAUAAUUGUGUGAACAGUGAUUGAUAAUUGGAAUAUUUAGGAAAUUUAUUAUUUUUGGUUAGGCAUUGUAAUGAGACGAAAGGAAAGUGUAAGUCUGUUUGGGCACCAGUCUUACAAUUGUGAA